AUGCAUCGAUACUCAUUUCCCCAUGAGCCCGUCGCAAACCCUAAGGCCAUCGUCGGCGGUACUGGGAAAUAUCGAUUUACUGUGCUGGGAGAUGGCCUGCUACGCUACGAGUGGGCUGAAGAUGAGCAGUUCGAAGAUCGGGCAUCGGUACUGGCAAUGAAUCGAUACUUGCCUGUACCCGAGUAUCGAGUCAAGGAGGAUGAGAAUACGCUUCAGAUCUUCACCACCCGAUUCCACAUCACGUACAACAAACAGAAGUUCACCGCGAGUGGCCUCAAUGCCAUGAUCAAGGGCCACUAUGGGGCUCAUUCCAGCGUCUGGCGAUAUGGAGCAAAAGCUUCGAAUCUUGGCGGCACAGCUCGCACACUCGAUGAAGUUGAUGGACGCACAGCACUGGAGAACGGGGUCAUCUCCAGAGACGGCUACGCGACCUUGGAUGACUCCAAAUCCAUGCUUUUCGAUGAGAAUCAAUGGGUGGCAACUCGGCGCCCAGGCAAACGGGUGGAUGGAUACCUCUUUGCUUAUGGACAUGACUAUCAGGAUGCAAUUCAAGCAUUCUAUCGUCUUUCGGGACCUCAGCCCCUUCUGCCGCGAUGGGCACUUGGAAACUGGUGGAGUCGAUAUCACGCGUACACGGCCGAUGAAUACCUUCAACUGAUGGGAAAAUUUGAGGAGAACAAGAUCCCACUUUCUGUUGCAGUCCUCGACAUGGACUGGCACCUUGUUGAUGAUGCUCGAGUGAAAGAGGCCGGGGUGACAGGCUGGACUGGAUACACAUGGAACAAGGAACUAUUCCCCGAUCCCAAGGCAUUUCUUGCAACCCUUCACGAGAAGGGAUUGCGCGUGUCUCUGAAUGAUCACCCUGCAGAUGGAGUCCAAGGCUAUGAAGAGCCCUAUGAAGAGAUGGCGCUCGCCUUGAAACAUGAUACAUCGAUGCGGGAUCCUAUCCCAUUUGACGUGACAAACAAAGCCUUCCUCGACGCUUUCUUUGAUAUCUUGCACCGCAAAAUUGAAAGAGAAGGUCUUGACUUAUGGUGGGUGGACUGGCAACAAGGAGUUCACUCUCGCAUCCCAGGCAUCGACCCUCUUUGGGUCUUGAAUCACUAUCACUUCCUUGACAGUGCGCUUGACAACAAGCGACCGCUGACUUUUUCACGAUAUGCCGGACCGGGGAGCCAUCGCUUGCCAAUCGGGUUCAGCGGGGACACCUGCAUGACAUGGGACUCUCUCCGAUUCCAGCCCGAGUUCACAGCCACUGCCUCCAACAUCGGCUAUGGAUGGUGGAGUCACGACAUUGGCGGCCACUUUCACGGCGAAAGAAGCGAGGAAAUGCUGAUUCGCUGGGUCCAGCUCGGCGUCUUCUCGCCCAUCUUGCGACUGCAUUCAUCCAACAAUGCCUUUAGCCUCAAGGAACCCUGGAACCUCUCCCAGCCAUAUCGCGACGUGAUGACAAGAUAUCUCAAAAUUCGCCAUCAACUGGUCCCGUACCUGUACACGAUGAACGCGCGCGCAGCUCUCGAGGGCAUCCCCCUCGUCCAGCCCAUGUAUUGGGCUCACCCCGACAAGGAACAAGCCUACAACUUUCCCAAUCAGUACAUGUUCGGCUCCGAGCUCAUCGUUGCUCCCAUCACUAGCCCCAUUGAACCCACUUCUCAGCGGGCAGAGGUUAUCGCCUGGCUUCCUCCGGGUCGCUAUGUGGAACUUUCCACUGGCACAGUUUAUGAUGGAGACCGUCGACUUCGAACUUACCGUUCCAUCAAGAAGUGUCCAAUCUUCGCACGGGAGGGAGCCAUAAUUCCCACCGAUGGAUCUGACGUGCUUCAGAAUGGCUGCGAGAACCCUGCCGUGAUGGAGGUCGUGGUGGUUGUCGGUGCCGAUGGUAAAUUCGAGCUGCUGGAAGAUGAUGGCAAGGGACAAUCGGUAGAUCAAGUCAAGUUCCGCCGCACCCCGAUCUCCUUCAACCAAGAGAAUCAUCAGUUGACCAUUGGUCCCACCAGUGGUGAAGAUCAGGACAUCCACCCCCGCGAGUGGAAGGUACUCUUCGUCGGGUAUAAGCGAAAUGUUUCCGCUACGAUCUCCGUUGCCACAGUUCCUCCCACCGAGGAUCUCACAUUGAUUGUCGAUGGGAGCAAUCGUGGGCUUGCUUGUACCUUGGGAACCUUUGCCAGCAAUGUUCAAAUCACUGUCUCGCUGGAGAAGGAUCCUGUCCUUGAUUGCCAAAAGACCACGCCCCAGGUCAUCAAGUUUCUAUACGAGGCUCAGAUGAACAUGGACUGGAAGAAUCUUAUUCAAACGGUUGUGGACAACAAUAAUUCCAGAUUGAUGCAGCUUAGUGAUCUGCAUGCUUUCUCCGUCCCUGCCCCGUUGGUUAAUCCUAUCUAUGAGAUCCUGCUGGCGGACGCGCGUGGAUUUGACUCGUGA